UAGAUUAUCAUGGAUACACAUCAAGCCAAACAAACACUUGCUGAUAUUGAAGCCCGGCACGCCGAUAUUAUCAAAUUGGAAAAUUCGAUAAGAGAAUUGCACGAUAUGUUCAUGGAUAUGGCUAUUUUGGUCGAGAGUCAGGGUGAAAUGAUUGAUCGCAUAGAAUACCAUGUUGAACAUGCGGUCGAUUAUGUUCAAACAGCAACGCAAGAUACCAAAAAAGCGUUCGAAUUUGAGACUAAAGCUCGUCGGAUACUUUUUGAGUGAUGAAACGAAUUAUGGUGAAUUUGAAUUUUAUGCUCAUAUUUUUUAUUUAAUUUAAAACACGUGCACUAACGACAAAUAAGUGCAUAAUAUCUCAAAGCGCCAAUCAAAUUUUUAUUAUCUAAUGUUGUUUAAAAAUCACAUUAAUUUUUCGUAUAGUAUUUUUCUGAGUCUUGAACAGAAUUAAAGUGAUUUUAGCAGAGAUUACUAUGAGAUAUUUUUAUUCAUAUGGGAUAGAAAUAUCGCAUAAAAAUAUCAGAUAUUUUUCAUGCGUUGCGUUGUUGUAACGCAUCUGCAGUACAAAAUUCAUAUUUCUUUCUGCGUGCCAAGUAAAUUUUGCUGAAUUCGGCUCGGAUCAGUCUCAAAUUCGACUUGGCUCCCAGGAGGGAAUAUGAAUUUUGUACUGCAGAUGCGUUACAACAACGCAACGCAUGAAAAAUAUCUCAUAGUAAUCUCUGGAUUUUAGAUUCUAUGUUCAUAUUAUUUAUUUAAUUUAAACCAAAGGCAGUGUAUUUCAAAAAAGAAAUAAAAUCAAGAUCUUUUAAUUCAUUUUGCAAAUAAAUAUAUUACUUCAAAGUUACUUUGAUGAAAUACAUUUCAUGUAGUGCGCCAAAAAAUAGUUUGUUGUGAAACAACAAAAUAGAUUAAGUAACUGAAAACUCAUUUGUGUUUGAUUUGCUUUUAAUUUCUUUUUUGUAUUUACCGCUUUCUUCAACACUCUAAAAAAUAUUGGCAAGUCAUCUCUUUCCCUCUGUUACCACCACCAAUACGUCAAUUUAUUUUGAUUUUCCCAACUAUUUUCGUUUCAAAUUGAAAUUUAUGUCUCUCCCUUUAUCUGUGUGUGUGUGUCCGUCCAUUCAACACACAAAUUAAAUUCAAUUACAUUUACAUAAUAUAAAAAAUACCUGAUUGAUGAACAAAUUAACAAAGUACAAAGCAAGACAUAAAUUAUUAUACAUUUAAGUUUCCUAAUGUGAUUUUAAUUAACAUAUCAAAUAAUCUCAAUAUUUUUUUUAUUAUUUAAAUGGGAAAUCCGAAGAAUUAUAUAAGAAAAAAAAAUAAUGAAAAAAAACUAAUUAUAAGAGAAGCAAUUAAAGCAUUAAAAAUGUAUACUAGUUUUAAGUGAAAUGUAAUUGGCCUUAGGGCAGCAUGUUGAUGGAUCAUUGCACGCGAACUCUUGUCCGCAGAUCCAUCAGCUGAAACGAUGAACAAUCAAUAAAUAAUAAAUACAUUUGCUUGUGUGACAAUCGAAA